AUGGCCGUUAGUGACAAGAAAUUCAAUGAGAUGAUGACCCAUAAUAAAAUGCUCGAAAACCAAAUUUCUCAACUUGCUAAUGCUGUGAAAGACCAAGAAAGCCCUUCUUCUUUACCCUCACAAGGCCUAGAUCCCAAGAAACCCGUGAAUGCUAUUGUUACAAGGAGUGGUAAGAUUCUUGAGGAGAGAUUGCCUAGGAAGAGUGAAGACAAGGAGGUCCCCAAGGAAGCUUUGGUUGAGAAUGAGGGAGAUAGAGUAUCUUUAGAUGAGGUUGUGGUUGAGGCACCUAGAGAGGUGAGAGUGGAGAAAGAGAUUGUGAAACCCAAGCUCCCUUAUCCCCAAAAAUUCAUGAGACACAAAUUGGAUGAGCAAUUUGGGAGAUUUAUUGAUAUGCUCAAACAACUUCACCUUUCUCUACCUUUCACCGAUGUGAUCAACCAAAUGCCCAACUACGCCAAAUUCCUCAAAGACAUUUUGAGUGGGCAAAAGACUUGUGAUUUUGUGGAGACUAUCAACUUGACUGAGAAUUGUAGUGCGAUCAUCAUGAACAAAAUUCCACCCAAGUUGAAAGACCUCGGAAACUUCUCUAUGCCUUGUGCUAUUAACAAGAUGCAAAUUGAUAAUGCCCUAUGUAACUUAGGAGCUAGUGUAAGCCUAAUGCCAUAUUCGGAUUAUCAAAUACUUGAUCUAGGGGAACUCUUACCUUCCAACAUUACCUUGCAACUAGCCGAUAGGUCAAUCAAGUUUCCAAAAGGUAAAGUGGAAGAUGUUCCAUUGAGGGUUGAGAAGUUUGUGAUCCCGGUGGAUUUUGUUGUACUUGAAAUGGAUGAAGAUGCUACCAUUACUAUCAUUCUAGGUAGACCCUUUCUUGCUACCUCGGGUGCUAUGAUAGAUGUCAAGAGUGUAAAGAUUUCUCUUAAGGUAGGAGAUGAGGUCAUAGAAUUCGAUUUGAAUGAAAGCAUGAAAUAUUCAUGUUCUUCUCUAGAAAAUUGCAUGAUGAUUGAAUCUCUUGAUCAUGUUGUGUCUUCAAUGCAUGAACACUGA